UCUCCCGAUUUCCACCCAGACAACAAUAUUGGGGGGCGUGCCUUAAAGGCACUGCCUUGCGUGCCGGCCCAGUCACAUAAUAUAUAAGGAUUUUCACGCACACAAGUGAAUGUAAGCAUACUUGGUCAACAGCCAUACAGGUCACACUGAGGGUGGCCGUAUAAACAACUUUAACACUGUUACAAAUAUGCGCCACACUGUGAACCCACACCAAACAAGAAUGACAAACACAUUUCAGGAGAACAUCCGCACAACAUAAACCCAACACAACAAAUACCCAGAACCCCUUGCAGCACUAACACCCCCCCCAUCUCCCGAAUUCGGAGGUCUCAAGCUUGGCAAGUAUGUUCUAGUCUCAAUAAUGACAGCUAGCCGUUAGUCCUGCUAGUGGGACUCUAAGGAGACAAGCAGAGCAGCAUGUUGUGUGGGCGUCCACACCUGUUGCGGCGUCGCAGUUUAAUAACAGCAGUGCAGUCUUUUAACGCACGCCUAGGAAUUUACGGAUGUGAAACGAAGUGACCGACUGCAGCAGCCUGGGACAAGUUUUUUGAUGCGGCGUGGUCAUGGAGAUCUGCGCAUACACAUUGGCCUCUGGCGUGGGCGGGGACCUUUCAUGGGGACAAGCAGAUGUUGCUUUCUGCCGUGCGCCUGUAAAAGUGUGUGAUUUGAUAUGCAGUGGAGCCUACUUUAUAUCGCUGACGAUCACCAUCAUUUAAUCAUGGCAGCCAAAAUUGGGAUCGUGAUUAAAAUUGUAUUUAUUGGCUCACAUUUGUGACACUAGCCAAUCACAGCCUAGAUUUGUUGUGCUGUCAAGUGAGGUCUCUCUAAAAAUGAAGAGUCAUUGUAAUAAAUGUUGUAUGACUUUAUGUUCAUUCACUGCAGCUUCACUCAGACGAAAAGGAACUACUUUAAGCGACGGAUGAAGACUUUUCCUUUUCCACUGUGCAUGUGUGUGUGUGUGUGUGUGUGAGUGAGUGUGUGUGUGUGUGUGUGUGUGUGUGUGUGUGUGUGUGUGUGUGUGUGUGUGUGUGUGUGUGUGUGUGUGUGUGUGUGUGUGUGUGUGUGUGUGUGUGUGUGUGUGUGUGUGUGUGUGAGAGAGAGAGAGAGAGAUAAGAACAUAACAGAAGAUAGACCAAAAUACAAAGCAGUCAUUCUCAGUAGGGAAUGGUUGACAUGUUCUUGUCUUUCGUCACGUUAUGAGCAAAGUUGAAGAAAUGUUUGUUUAGGUUGAUAAAUUGUGAAAGAAAGAAAACAGCGGAUAACGAUGUGCACGAUCUUAACAAUGGAAAGCAAAUAUUUACUGAAAGGUCAAUUGUUGAAGUAUUGGGAUGUUCACACACGUUUCCAUCGUAAUUAAAUGUCAGCCAUGACUUGGGCCAAGAUGGUGAAGACAUGAGGAGGGGCGAAUGACUGAUGAAAACGUGAUGGGGAGGAGCUAUUGAGUCCAUGCUGCACUUCGAUUGGUUGGUCAUGUUUCAGUAGCUGUAAGCUGAGCUCUAAUUGGCUAUUUUUCUAGUAAGAAAAACAUUGAAGUGAGGCUGAGUCCCAGGUCUGCUCUUGAGAAGAUAGGUGAGAACUUCAUCUUUUAAAUACAUUUUUUCCUCGUCAUGAACUGUUCUUCAUGUCAACUUCUCACACAGCUCAUCAUGGCCGACUGGAGCCACUGUUUGACCUUUGGCCUCUCAGUGGCCAAACAGGCCAGUCAGCUGAUCAUGGCGGCAUUUAAGCAGCAGAAGGAGGUGACGUGUAAAAGUUCUGCUGCUGAUUUGGUGACACAAAGCGACAUGAAGGUGGAAAAGUUUAUUAAGUCUGCCAUUGCUGACAAAUAUCCUCACCACAGGUUCAUCGGGGAGGAGUCUGUGGGCAUGGGGGAGAACUUGCAGCUGACAAAUCAUCCCACCUGGAUCAUUGAUCCCAUUGAUGGAACUGUCAAUUUUGUCCACAGCUUUCCGUUUGUGGCCGUCUCCAUCGCCUUCUGUGUCAAUAAGCAGACGGAGUUUGGUAUCGUGUACAGCUGUGUGGACGACAAAGUGUACCAUGCUCAGCGAGGAAGAGGAGCCUUUAUGAAUGGACAAAUGCUGCACGUCUCCGGACAGCAAGAUGUGAGCAGAUGUGUGGUGGUGACGGAGAUCGGGGCGGAGCGCGAUGACGUUGCUCUGUCCACGAUGACGUCCAACAUCUUCAGACUGCUGAAGCUUCCUGUGCACGGAGUGCGAGCGUUAGGCACGGCGGCAGUGGAUAUGUGUCAGGUGGCGACUGGUGGCGCUGACGUCUACUAUCACAUUGGGAUGCACUGCUGGGACAUCGCUGCCUCUGCUAUUAUCGUCCAGGAAGCUGGAGGCGUUGUCAUGGAUACUAAUGGCUCAGAGUUCGACAUGAUGUCACGCCGAGUCAUCGCAGCGAGCUCGUCUACUGUGGCCAAUCGUAUUGCUCGGGUGAUUAGCGCAUUUCCCUGUUGCCGUGACGACGCCAAGCCAAGCAAAUGACGUCCGUGUCGGCGGGAUUGACGGCCAUCUGUCAGUCAUUCAUGCGGUUAACCACCAAUCAUAGCUGCUGGGUGGUGGAGCAUACAAAUGGCAAUCUGUAAAGUCAAUUUCUCUCUUUUGGUGCCUAUGUGUGGGUCAAAACGAUCGUAAAUAAACUCGAUCCAUUCAUCACUUUGACUUUUUAUGACAUCACUGCUGGUUCAGACAAUUCCAUCCAACCAUUUACUACCGCUUGUCCCUGUCGGGGGCACUGGGCUGCAGGGCUAGAGCCUAUCCCAGCUGCACUUGUCCCCACCUCAUCGCAGGGCUAACACAGAUAGACUGAUUUGAUUAAUGUAUUAUUAUAUUAAUAAUACGUCAAUUUAAUAGUCAUUGACUUUUUCACAA